AUGGCCCCAAUCACCUUCUACGACAUCGCUCUAGCACCCCCCGCAGAAAAGACCUCCUGCUCCCCAAACCCCUGGAAAACUCGCUACGCCCUAAACUUCAAAAAAACACCCUACAAAACAACCUGGGUGCCCCUGGGCGAGAUCAGCUCCGUCCGCGCCGCUCUCAACAUCCCCGCUUCGCGCACAUUCGCCGAUGGAUCCCCCUACCAGACCCUCCCCGUGAUCUCCGAUCCAGCCACCGGGCGCAUAGUGGGCGACUCUUUUGAAAACGCCGUCUACCUACAGGAACAAUAUCCGUCCUCGGGAGCCGGAGACUUGUUCCCAGCACAGGAGCUGGGGUACGAGUUUGAGCGCGACUUGGAUCUUCACGCGCCGAUUGCGGAGGCGAAGGUGGCGGAUGGGCCUCUUAAGGCAUACCUGAAGUUCAAUACGAACGUGGAUGCUGCUUUUACUGCGUAUACGCAGCUGGUGCUCGAGGGAUUUCCGUUUGAUCCUGAUACUGCGGAGGAAGAUAAGGCGAUGAUGUCGGGCAGGAUCGGAGUGCCGUGGGAGGCUUUGAGGAUUAGUGAGGAGAAGAGGGCGGAGCUGUUCAAGGCUUUUGAGGAGACUCUGGGGGGAGCAUCUUAUGCGGACUUCAUUGUAGGGGGAUGGUUGCGCAUGUAUAAGGGCAUGCUGUCGGCGGAGGAGUUCAAAACAUUGAAGGGAUGGCAUAACGGUGUAUUUGGAAAGUUACAUGAGGCGCUGGAGGUGUUUGCGCAGAUGGACUAG